GGGAGCCCCAGCCGGGACUAGGGGAAUGCCCGGGCCCUGGGUAGUGGAGACGCCUGCUGUGCUCCUCCCGGCUCCACUGGUGUGUAUAGGGGUGCAACUCUCUGCCUUCCGAAAUGGCCGAGGCGUCAGAUAAGGCCGUCACGUACUACACCUUGGAAGAGAUCCAGAAGCACAACCACAGCAAGAGCACCUGGCUUAUCCUGCAUAACAAAGUGUACGAUCUGACGAAAUUCUUGGAGGAGCACCCCGGCGGGGAGGAAGUCCUGCGGGAACAGGCCGGGGGCGACGCCACCGAGAACUUCGAGGACGUCGGGCACUCUACGGAUGCCCGGGAGCUGUCCCAAAACUACAUCAUCGGGGAGCUGCACCCGGACGACAGAGGGAAGAUACAGAAGCCUGCGGAGACCCUCAUCACCACAGUGGACUCUAAUUACAGCUGGUGGACCAACUGGGCGAUCCCAGCCCUCUCGGCGCUGGCCGUGGGCCUGAUGUACCACUUCUACAUGGCGGAAGACUGACCCGUCCUCAGAGGCCAGCGGGCGGACAGACGGCUUUGGGCCGGGAAGAGCGAGGCCCGAGUUCACUGCCGCGACUGACGCAAACCCUCACCUGAACGUGAUUUCACCGAGCCUGCCCCCCUCCUCCCCCACGAGACACAAACGAACCCAAAGGAUCUGUCCUCCUCUCCUUGCUCUCGCACUCCCGCGGGUGCUUGUUAACGCGUGAGCUCUGCUCCGCUGCCCCAAGGCCGUGUCAUGUAACUCACUGUCGGCGUGGGCGUGACCUCUUAGAAAUACACCUGGCUUUUCCAAUACAACACCACGUGUGCCUGUCGAUUGGGUGUGUAACUGCCUCUCAUGUGCAAAAUCCCUGGUUGCUUAGUGAGCCCUUUAAUGUGCCGUUCAGGCCCCCGCGGCCUCCACGGUGAGGAGGGAGGGGAAACCAGAAACCAGGCGGAGUCCCUUGGUACUGUGCGUCUCCAGUGUAGUUUCUUUUCCAAGGAGAUUAAGGCAGGCCCUGGGAAUGAUAGCGCAAGGAUUUCCAAAACCUUGUUCUUCCUGAAACAGGCGGUCGGAAGAGAAGGGGGGCCUGUAGGGCGCAGAAGAGAGACCGCGUCUCUCCUUUGGUUCAGAAGCACCAGCAACAGACAGGCAGACAGACAGACAGACAGACAGACAGACAGACGCGUGAGCCGGGAGAGGACGUCUCGACGGCCUCUUCUCCCGGCUCAGAGGUCAUCACCGCGGGGAAAUGCUGGUUUCUGGAGACCCCGAGCCGUUGGUGGCGAGCUGGGGGGAUUGGGGCGAGGCUCGGAGGACUGGCCACUCACCUCCGACUGCUUUCUCCGCCCCGGGCCCCUUCCUCCGUGGAAGCCUGGGGGGACGGCUCUAGAGUUGUCCGUGCUCCGUGGGUAGCUGUGACUGUGCAAGCGUCCACGGGCACGCUGGCCGCCGCCCGGUGCUGGGGUUCUUCAGAAAUCACUGACGCAUUGGGAAGGGAUGGUUUUGUCACCCCAGAGUAUAAAUUUUUGUAGCCGUGGCCAUGUAUCCCCCUCUGCCCUUUUUGUCACUGGAGGUUCGAGUUAGCGUGAACGUCGGGGCUGGGGACAGGCGCUGUGUCACGUGGGGAAGUGCCCCGCAGAGGAACCCUUGAUUCAGAUUUCAAUAAACACGUGCCUGGAACAAGAA